AUAUGUCCAUAAUAAUAGAAAAAAGUUAGGUUCAUGUAUGAGCUAUUUCAGUUUAUUUACCAUUAUAAUAUUUCUUAAUAUUUUUCAUUUAGCUUUAAAUUAGUUUUUGAUUAAGGUAUGUACUUUUUACAUCGUAUUAUUUUAAAAUUAUAUUUUGCUUUUAUCUCACUUUCAGAUUGAGCACUUCGCUAGUUAUUGUAUUUUAUUUAUUUUUACCGUGUAAAAAAAAUAGGGUUAAAAGAUGUUUUAGUCAACAUUAACAGGACCGAUCCGUCCGCUACAGCCUUUACGUUGCUAAAAGCAAUUUCCCUGUGAAAAGCUUUAUCACCGCUGGAGGGAGGCAUUAGGCUUAUCUCUGAAAAUGCCCUUUUGAACGCCUGUCGUCCUCCUCUCCGGGAGCGCGCGCAGCCGAACGGGCCAAUCAGGAGCGCCCAGCUGGAGUGACGCCACUUCCGUGACAAUAGGGUCAGCGUGACUGAUUUAUCAACAAUAACAAGAGCUUCGCGGAACAGUUUGGCGAUCAAAGUGCGAGACUUCAAAUGACACGAUGCGCGUAAACUGACGGUUAGGAGUCGGUUCGGAUUACAGCGUCCUGUCCCGCGUCUCACUGAGGAGCUGCUCAUUCAGUAGCACUGUUAUCUCGGAGAAGUGAGACGCUGAGCAGAGCCCGGUCUCUUUGCUGAUUUGCGGCCACAUUUUUUCGUUUGAGCCCUGACACUCGAAAGGACAGAUAACGUUUGUCGUAAAAGUAAAACCUUAUUUUAUGGCACAGUUGUGACUUUGCACCUGUGAGGACAAAUUGCACAGCAGUUGCAUAAGGUGCACGGUGUUGGCCGGUGCAAUGGAAGCUUCUGAGACAGAAGGCCGCACCUUUAUGCAGGCGAUCAGUGAGAAGUACAGCCCAGAAAACUUCCCUUGCCGUCGGGGUCCAGGUAUGGGUGUCGUGGUUGUGCCAUCUGGACAUCAGGGAUCGCCUAUGAAAGACCGUCUGAACCUGCCCAGUGUUCUGGUUUUGAACGGCUGUGGAAUCAGUCAUGCAGGAGAAGAGGGAGAAAUCGCUGCCUUCUGUGCUCAUGUAGUUGAACUUGAUCUGUCCCAUAACAAGCUCCAAGACUGGCAUGAGAUUAGUAAGAUUGUUUCUAACAUCCCGAACCUGGAGUUCCUCAACCUCAGCUCUAAUCAGCUGAGUGACGCAGCCCUGGAGCCGGACUGUGCGAAGGCCUUUUCUAGCAUCCGCCGCCUCGUUCUUAACAAUACCCAGGUGUCCUGGGAUGCAGUGCACACAUUCACACAAGAGAUGCCUGAACUAGAGGAGCUGUUCCUGUGCCUUAAUGAGUACACCACUGUGACACCGGCCGCCAUGCCCUGCCCCACACUGCGUCUGCUUCACAUCACAGAUAACAGCCUCCAUGAGUGGAGUGAAGUACGAAAAUUCGGCUCCAUGUUCCCUGCGCUGGACACUCUGGUCAUGGCCAACAACAACCUGAGCUCCAUUCAAGACUCGGGCGAAAUCCUUCAGCGGCUCUUCCCUAACCUCCGAAGCAUCAAUCUGCACAACUCAGGACUUAAUCGAUGGGAGGACAUUGAGAAGCUAAACUUUCUGCCCAAACUGGAAGAAGUGAGGUUGCAAGGCAUUCCUCUACUGCAGGCUUACACAAGCACAGAGCGCCGUAGUCUAAUGAUAGCCCAACUGCCAUCAGUGACCGGUCUGAAUGGGAGUGUGGUGACGGAUGGCGAGAGAGAAGAUGCUGAGAGAUUUUUCAUCCGUUAUCACUUGGAUCAUUCAGAGGAAGAGCUGCCCCACAGUAUUUGCAUUUCGCUUUGGAGAUAUCACUGCUUGGUGACCAAAUAUGGGAAACUGGCUCCUCUGGCUGAGAUCGACCUGAGACCGCGUUGCCACGCCAAAGUGGAGGUACGCUAUGAAGACAAAGUGGAGCAGGUGAGCAUCCGCUUGGACCAGACCGUCGCAGAGCUGAAGAAGCAGCUGAGGACUGUUGUGCAGCUCCCCACCAGCAACAUGCGCCUUUACUACAUCGACAAGGGUUCUGCCUUUGGCCCCGAUGAGCUGAAAUACAGCGCCAGGGCCUUGCACUCUUACAGCAUUCAAGAUGGGGAUGAGAUCCUGGUAGUUCCCAAAACAAAAUAACCAUCUUUCCACCAGGAUCACUAAAAAGCUAUAUUUAAAUAACCAAAUCCACUUUGAACUAGCUCCACAGAGUGAAUGGGACUGUCUUUCAGGGAAAAACUUCUAGGAUUUGCUGGGGCUUUAGUUCGGCACAUGAUGUGCCACUUCGCUACACGGUCAUAAGAAACACCAUGACUCGUGCGCACCUUUGGUUUUGUUGCCGUUAUUAAAGGUUUCCUUUUGUCCUCAGACUUCACGAGCACCCCUGUAUUUUCAAACGCCUGUUUCUUCAAAAAUAAAGCACAGAGGAAGGCUCUGGCAGCCCGGGAUGUGCUUUUUUCAGAUUUGAAGACAAUCACCCAUAGCUGAAAGAAAAUGUUGCACUGCACUGAUGUCUUAAAGAAGAAAUCUUGGAUAUCCAUUGCCUGCUGAUGUGUGUCGUAUGCUGUCAGCAAAAGACUCUCAGGCCUUAUAUAUUGUAUGGGCAGUGCUAGAUUCACACAAGGAAAGAUUUGCAAAACAUCUUAUUUACAAAUGUUUUUAAAUGUCCAGUUUAGUUUUUUAAUCUGAUUAAAGAAUCCAGAAGGGACGUGCGGUGUCACAUAAAUUCGCUAUUUAAUGUGUUUUUUUGUUGUUGAUGUUGUUUUUUUAAAUCCUUUUUUGAAUAUUUUUAUUAGUGCUUUCUCCGCCACUUUGGAAGGGGGUGCUCAAACUUGUACCUCCAAUACAAAGCAUAUGCUGAGAAAAGUGCUCAUCUUCAUUUCACCUGUAUCCAUGUUAUUGAAUGAGUUUAUAUUUUACAUGCAGAAUAAUAAGAUCUUUUAAGUGACAAAACAUCAGUCCACCAAAGAAGUAUUACAUAUGAUGAUUAUUCACAGUAUUUAUUAUUGAUUUACUGAUUGGUGUUAUUUGUUAAAAAUUAAACAAAACAAAUCAGUAGCAAACCAGUCAAUGUGUACGACUCUACGUUCAGCGGAACAUCAGUGGGAAAUUGGUCUUCUUAAGUUAAAGAAUACCCAAAAAGGAGAAUUUGAUUAAAAUGUACUCACCCUCAGGCCAUCCGAGAUAUAGAUGAGCUUCUUCAUUGGAACAGAUUUAGCAUUACAUAAAUCACAGACGGAUCCUCUGCAGUGAAUGGGUGCCGUCAGAAUGAGAGUCUGAACAGCUGAUAAAAACAUUGCAAUAAUCCAGAUGACUUCAGUCCAUUAAUGAAUGAAAAGCUGCAUGUUUCUAAGAAACAAAUUUAAGGCAAAAUUACUUUCUCCAGUGGAAAAAGCCCUCUCUUUUGUAUGCGCAUAUGCAGAGAUAUGCGCAUAUUUCUUUCCUGAUUCAGGUAAAAUGAGUUAUCCUUGGAUUUAAAUGUGAGAGGACAACAGGGGAUGGAUGACUUGAGCUAUGUGGAUUAUGUCAAUUUGCGUGAUGUUUUUAUCAACGCUCAUUCUGACGGCACCCAUUCACUGCAGAGGAUCCAUCGGUGAGCAAGUGAUAUAAUGUUACGUUUCUCCAAAACCGUUAGUUUAUAAUUUACUUACGUUGAACCAAACCUGUAUGACUUUUUAUUUUUUUCUAGGGGGCAUAAAAAAAAUGCUUUUUCAGAGUAUUUUUUUUCCAUGCCAAAAAUGGAAGUCAGUGGUAACAAAAACUGUUCUUGUAUCCUUCAGAACACCUUUUGUGUCCCACAGAAGAAAGAAAAACAUACAGAUUUGGAAUGUAAGUAAAUGAUGACAACGUUUUCAUUUCUAGGGGUUUUUUUUACGCAUCCGGUUUGUCUGAAAUGUGUGUUGUAAUGCGCAAUGCAAGACUGUUUCCGUGCAGUGCAGAAAGUGGCAAGUUCAUUGUACAGAAGCUACAGGAUAAAACCAGCAAUUUAUUUAUUUAUACCUGGUGCAUCAAUCAAAUCAGUGCAUGAACCUCAUUUGCUUGUCAUACUUGAUUCGAAAAGAAAAAACGAAACAUGUUUAGCGACUGAAACCUGAAAACCUAGUUUGCUGUAUUUUUAUUUUUUUAUUUCGUGUAUGAUAGCAUGACUUGAAGGAUGGACUGAAUGGAAAAGCGCAUCGCUGUCAGUGUGCCACGUUACGCUGACGCUCGCAAAUGCUUAGGUUAGUAGUAGAUUAGCUCUUCUCUUAUGUACUGAUAUAUAAAAGUGUAUCAAAAGACUUGAAAAUGGUAGAAGCGUUUCUCAUUAAACAUUUCAGGGUUUUUCGUUAGUAAGACGUGAAUUAAAUUGUAAUUCUGAAUUUGGAAUCUUAAUGAAAUGAAACGAGUAGAUAGAGAUUUAAUAGUGACUUAUAUGAGUAUAACUUAAACUGAAGUGGAACUUAAAACGUUAAAAUCAGCUCACAUAGCAUAUUUAAAGGUUGCUGUUUGGUCGGAGAAAGAAAGCUGUUAAAGAUUACGUAUGAAGGUUUUAGCAUCCUCUAUGCCUUUAACCCUCUUUCUGCCUUUAUCUGCGACCCCUAAUCAAACAUUAAAGCAGAAUGAAGUCUUUUUUUUUUUUUUUCUUCAGAGAUUUCCCUUUUAGAGUAUCAAUAUUUGAUGUUCUGUGCCCACACAGGACAUGCUAUUGAUAUUAGGGUUUCGCUUUUACAUAAUUAUUUUAUGUUUUUUCUAUAUGUAUGCAUUAUUAAUAUUCCAGUUUUACGACCUUGAAGGUAAUGCCACUUAAACUGUGACCGGCGCAUAUGAAGUGUGAAGAUAUACCGCUAUGUUUACCAUGUGAGAUUUAUUUCGCACACAUUUUUCAAUCAUUGUGACUUAUAUCCAAACUGUGCUUUUUGUAUUUGUUUUGCCGUUUUUUUUUUUUUUUUUUUUUUUUUUGAAGGAUGUUAUGUGUUGGAUUGUUUCUCAGAUUGCAUUAUCUGUUGUGCAUUUGCAGUUCUUAAUCUUCGGUUAAAGUUAAUUUGUAAAGGGUGUGUGAAAGGCUAUUGAGCGUCAAAGGGAUGAGAAUUCCAGAGAGUCAUUUAUCUAAUGGAUGCAUUAGGCCUGUUAUUGUAAUGAACACUUACAUACUUCAAGUUCAGUUGCACACAGUCACACCGUUAAACGUGUUACAAUUUUAAAAUCAGAUUUGACUGUUUUAUACCAUUGGUUUGCCAGCAUAUGUGCACAAUAUUGUAUCUAUGUUUGAAAGUUGAAUGGAGUGGGUCAAAGGCUAAGGAAAAAUAAACUUGUCUUUUAAUGACUGUCAA